AAAGUCUACAUAUCCAUAAAUAAAUACAAAUUGUAAAAUAGAAGAUAGAGAGGAAGAAAAAGAAAACGAAAAACAAACGUGUCCCACAUUGCAAUAAGUUAACUUCCGAUGGGGCACCGCUUUAGUAAGACUGCUGCUAAUGCCGCUGCUACAACAACAUCAACAACAAAAGCAAAUCAUAUAGCUACAACGUUAACACCCUCAAGCAGUGCAAUACCUAAUAUAUUAACGGAAACAUUACAACCGCAACAUCAAAUAACGCACACGAGUAGAAUACCAAUACCGGCGCAUAACGGUAAUCAUUUAAUAGGGCCUACAAUAAAUUUACAAAUACAAGACAGUCCAACGGGUGUACAAAACCAGCGGCAACAAGUUACAGCCAGUUAUAAUUCUUUAACGGGAAGAGCAACAACGACGGAUAUUCUACAGCAAUCAAGCAACAGCGGCAGCUUAACAUCGAUUAAUAAUUUAUCGUGUAGUCGUCAGAUAAUCAUUAAAAUUCAAUUGGCCAAAAUGGAGAACGGAAACGAUCAACCAACAACAACGACAACAACAACAACAACAACCUGUUUAUCAGUACCACAAGGUACAAGUGUAUCAUCAUUAGAAACACUGGUAACUGAUGCCAAUUGCAAUAAUUUGGAAACGGCCACAGCUGCAACGGCGACGAGUGCUCAAAUAUUAAAUGUUACUUUUAAUCGUAAUUCCUCGCCUCAGUCAGUGACCGCACUGACUACUGCAAAAAGCACUGGCAAUUCAACGAGUCAUACGCUGACCCAUGCCACCAUACCAGCUAGUUCAAAUAACAAUUACACAUUAACAACAUGCGGCGCUAAUGGAGAUACUUUAAUAGCAAAUGAAUCAUGUUCAGCUGAAUGGUUAGCUCAUUUGAAUAACAUCAAUUUUAAUGAUAAUUUGUUAAAAGGGAAUACAAUGGGAUAUUAUGGAGAAGGAUCUCCCCAUACAGUGAACAGUGAAGAAGUCGGUAGCGAAGCAACAUGCAAUACAAAUAAUGCGUUGUUAGCAUCCACAAAAACAGCAACAGAAGCAUUGACAAAGCGUAGAUGUCGUAAAUGUAGUUGUCGUGAUGCAUUCAGGCGCAUUUUGGAUCCCACUUCAUCACGAACAACUAAUAAAUCAUCAAAACAAACACGGCACACACAGGAACAAAAACGUAAAGAGAAUCUGCAACAACAAGCACAACAAAACCAUUCCAAAUGCACUAUCAUCAACACCAAAAGCAAUACGAAUAGCAUUAGCAAUAAUAAUAAUAGUUCCCCACACAGCAGCAGCAGCAGCAGCAGCAGCAGCAAUACUAAAAAUAGCACAACAAGCACAUCAUGUGCGUUGUUGACGACCACAACGGCGACUAAUACGAAUCAUUCCAUAACGCCAUCAACAGUUGUUGCUUCAAUAUCACAACUACCAAUGCAAGCUGAGCCCCCUGCCACUGCAAAUAGCAAUGCUAGUAGUGGUGGCAUCAAUAAAACGGCAACCAAUCAAUUAUCAAUAUGGUCCCCCAGCAGCACCGGCACUGGCAAUGGCGGUGAUGUUUUUAUACCGAUUUCAACACCGCAAUUUGUCGUGGUACAGUGUGCGAUUGUGAACGCGACCACGGCUACUGCAACACAAGACACGACAAAUACGUUAACGAGAGCUGCAAUUGUUAAUGCAAAUGAAAAUACUGCAAGCCCUUCCAUGAAUUCUACCGAAACGACGGCAGCUUUAGUUUCAUUGCGGAAUGCAAAUGUAACUAUGUCAACAUCUAACGGCCCGAUAGUGCAUUCUCAAGUGGAUUUUUGUCAUUAUUUGGUACCAGAUUUGGUGCGCAUAACAAAUUCCAGUUUUUAUUGGGGUAAAAUGGAUAGAUACGAAGCCGAACGUUUACUAGAGGGCAAACCGGAAGGUACAUUUCUUUUACGUGAUUCAGCUCAGGAAGAAUUUUUAUUUUCGGUCACCUUUCGGAAAUAUGGACGUUCGCUGCACGCUCGCAUAGAGCAAAGUGGUCAUCGGUUCAGUUUUGAUUGCCAUGAUCCUGGUGUGUUUACAGCUGCCACUGUUACAGGCCUCUUGGAACAUUACAAAGAUCCGGCAUGUGUUAUGUUUUUUGAACCUAUGCUUACUAUACCGUUACAUCGCCGAACAUGUUUCUCGUUACAACAACUAUGUCGUGCCACAAUUGUCUCGCAUACAACGUAUGAUGGUAUAAAUGAAUUAGAGUUGCCGGCACGUCUUAAAUCGUAUCUCAAAGAAUAUCAUUACAAGCAAAAACUAAGAGUUAAACCAUUUGAUGAGCCUUUCUAUGCGGCCUGUGCCUAGUGUCCACUUCAAACGCCAGGCA